AUGACGGCAUCAUCGUCAAAGCAGAACUCGCCCAAGAAGAUUUCGAGAACACAAAAGCGUUUGACUCAGAGCCUCCCUCUGCAAGCACUAGCUGGAGAACCACCUUGUUUCGUCCAGGAAGCUUCUUUCGAAGGACCCUGUACUGAACGAUAUAUUGAAGCUGAUACUGCGAAUCGUGCGCAAAUCGUGGCUCUUGUGAGGCCUGAAGACCUACAAGUUGAAGGAGCAACGUCGUCUAACGAAAUAGGCUUGAGCUGCAUUUUUGAGAGAUCCUAUGAGAACAACGGUGCGCACCAUAUCGAAGGGGAUUCCGCAAGUUCAUCCACAAGUUGGAAUGAGUGCAAUAUCAAUGCCGAAUUCUCGAAGAAGAGCAGGUCCUCAAAAGUAAGUCGGAGGAUGAAGGAAGAUAAUCUGUACAGAAAUGCUGUAACGUCCAGCAGAGCCAGACAUGCACAGUCAGCUGGUCUGAAAAGUAACAACGGCAGCUCCGAUAACUCCUCCAUGAACCCUGAAAAUAAUGCAGAGAAGCACAGCAUAAUAAGGACCGGCGAAAAAACAUCAUUUGCUGAGCGAAACUCGAACAUUCUGUUGAAAAAGACUGCUAAUUAUCAAGAUCUUCUAGCAAUGGAAGAGCAGUACCACACGGCCGCCAUCGAGGACGGGGAAAACUAUGCUGAGAAGAUUUUCGAGAAACAAACAAUUGAUCAAGUUGCUUUUAGCGAGCAGAAUUCAAGGGUUCGGUUGAGAAAAAGUGACGAAUACAGGCACGAUGACAUUGAGAAAUAUUUGAAUGCAAACCAGUCCGACCAAACCACAUUUAGCGAGCGCACGGCUAACGUACGCUUACAAACCUCUAGCGUAGAUCAAAACCAAGACAGCUGUGCCGAAGAAAUUCUGAGUCUGAAAACAGCUGAACAAACGUUUCUCAGCGAACGCACCGUUAGGUCCUCGAGAUCAAAGAGAGGUGAGCAUGUUGGCUCCGAGAAAAUUUUGAGUCAAGCGGCAGUCGAGCAAACGGCAUUAUCUGAAUGUUGGUCGAAAAUCAAAUUGACUGAAUCUGGUCAGCAUCAUCAAAGCAGCAGCUCUGAAUUAUUCAGUGGUGACAAGAUAGUGAACCAGGCCACUUUUAGUGAACGCUCCUCGAAUUUUCGGCUUCUGAAGUCCAGCGACUCUGAAAACGUCAUCGAAAAGACCUUGAACGACAUUCAAUGCAGCAGGGCCACCCUAAGCGAGUACAGUUCCAGUGUAAAUCGAACCAGCUGUAAUGAGAAUUGCAAUGGAAAUGCCGGAGUGACUCUGCACGAGAAAGUAAAUGGACAGAUUACUUUUAGCGAACAGUCCCCAAACAUCAGGCAAGAGUGCAACACACAGGACCAGUUCAAAGCCGAGGUGUUUCUCAACGACAAGAUAGAAGACAGUAUGAGCUUCACUGAAAGGACGGUGAAAGCCAAGAUUACAAAGAAGGGAGAACGUGGUGAUGACGGUGUAAAGAGGAGCAUUGGUGAAAAGCCAGAGGCCAGCACCAGCUUCAGUGAAAGAUCUGCAGAAGUCAAACUGAAGCGAGGCGAGCGUGAGGGCGACAGUGCCGAAAAGACCAUCGGAGAAAAGUCGGAAGACAGCACGAGCUUCAGUGAGAGAUCUACGAAAGCCAAACUCAGCAAGAAGAGAGAACGAUCUGAUGGCAGUGUCAACAGGACUCUUGGUGAAAAGACAGAAAACAGUACGAGCUUCAGUGAGGGAAAUGUGGGAGCUAUGCUCACAAAGGAAGGAGAACGUCAUGAUAAUGUCGUCGAAGGGACCAUUGGUGAAAAGGCGGAAGACAGCGCUAGCUUCAGUGAGAGCUCUACGAAAGCCAAGCUCACCAAACGAGGCGAGGGUGAAGACAACAGCGCCGAUGGGAACUUUGGCGAAAAGACAGAAGACAGUACGAGCUUCAGUGAAAGAUCAGCCAAAGCUAAGCUCACGAAGAAGGAACGUCGUGAUGACAGUGUGGAGAAGUCCAUUGGUGAAAAGGCAGAAGACAGUACGAGCUUCAGUGAAAGAUCAGCCAAAGCUAAGCUCACGAAGAAGGAACGUCGUGAUGACAGUGUGGAGAAGACCAUUGGUGAAAAGGCAGAAGACAGUACGAGCUUCAGUGAAAUGUCUACGAAAGCCAAACUUACGAAGAAGGGAGAACGUCGUGAUGACAGUGUGGAGAAGACCAUUGGUGAAAAGGCAGAAGACAGUACGAGCUUCAGUGAAAGAUCACGAAAGCUAAGCUCACGAAGAAGGAACGUCGUGAUGACAGUGUGGAGAAGACCAUUGGUGAAAAGGCAGAAGACAGUACGAGCUUCAGUGAAAUGUCUACGAAAGCCAAACUUACGAGCAAGGGAGAACCUCGUGAUGACAGUGUGGAGAAGUCCAUUGGUGAAAAGGCAGAAGACAGUACGAGCUUCAGUGAAAUGUCUACGAAAGCCAAACUUACGAGCAAGGGAGAACCUCGUGAUGACAGUGUGGAGAAGUCCAUUGGUGAAAAGGCAGAAGACAAACGACAGUGUUGCAAAAGCCCUUGAUGAAACGGCAGUUGACAGUGCGAGCUUCAGUGAGAGGUCGACGAAAGCUAAGCUCACGAAAGAGGGAAAUCCUCGUGAUGACAGUGUGGAGAAGUCCAUUGGCGAAAAGGCAGAAGGUAGUACGAGCUUUAGUGAGAGAUCAACCAAAGCUAAGCUCACGAAGAAGGAACGUCGUGAUGACAGUGUGGAGAAGUCCAUUGGCGAAAAGGCAGAAGGUAGUACGAGCUUUAGUGAGAGAUCAACCAAAGCUAAGCUCACGAAGAAGGAACGUCGUGAUGACAGUGUGAGAAGACUAUGUGAAAAGGCAGAAGACAGUACGAGCUUCAGUGAAAUGUCUACGAAAGCCAAACUUACGAGCAAGGGAGAACCUCGUGAUGACGGUGUGGCGAAGACCAUUGGUGAAAAGGCAGAAGACAGUACGAGCUUCAGUGAAAGAUCAGCCAAAGCUAAGCUCACGAAGAAGGAACGUCGUGAUGACAGUGUGGAGAAGACCAUUGGUGAAAAGGCAGAAGACAGUACGAGCUUCAGUGAGAGGUUGACGAAAGCUAAGCUCACGAAGAAGGAACGUCGUGAUGACAGUGUGGAGAAGACCAUUGGUGAAAAGGCAGAAGACAGUACGAGCUUCAGUGAAAGAUCAGCCAAAGCUAAGCUCACGAAGAAGGAACGUCGUGAUGACAGUGUGGAGAAGACCAUUGGUGAAAAGGCAGAAGACAGUACGAGCUUCAGUGAGAGGUUGACGAAAGCUAAGCUCACGAAGAAGGAACGUCGUGAUGACAGUGUGGAGAAGACCAUUGGUGAAAAGGCAGAAGACCAGUACGGCUCAGUGAAAGAUCAGCCAAAGCUAAGCUCACGAAGAAGGAACGUCGUGAUGACAGUGUGGAGAAGACCAUUGGUGAAAAGGCAGAAGACAGUACGAGCUUCAAGUGAAAUGUCUACGAAAGCCGAACUUACGAGCAAGGGGGAACCCUCCGUGAUGACGGUGAAAUGUCUACGAAAGCCAAACUUACGAGCAAGGGAGAACCUCGUGAUGACGGUGUGGCGAAGACCAUUGGUGAAAAGGCAGAAGACAGUACGAGCUUCAGUGAAAGAUCAGCCAAAGCUAAAGCUCACGAAGAAGGAACGUCGUGAUGACAGUGUGGAGAAGACCAUUGGUGAAAAGGCAGAAGACAGUACGAGCUUCAGUGAGAGGUUGACGAAAGCUAAGCUCACGAAGAAGGAACGUCGUGAUGACAGUGUGGAGAAGUCCAUUGGUGAAAAGGCAGAAGACAGUACGAGCUUCAGUGAAAGAUCAGCCAAAGCUAAGCUCACGAAGAAGGAACGUCGUGAUGACAGUGUGGAGAAGUCCAUUGGUGAAAAGGCAGAAGACACUCACGAGAGGAACGUCGUGGAUGACAGUGUGGAGAAGACCAUUGGUGAAAAGGCAGAAGACAGUACGAGCUUCAGUGAGAGGUUGACGAAAGCUAAGCUCACGAAGAAGGAACGUCGUGAUGACAGUGUGGAGAAGUCCAUUGGUGAAAAGGCAGAAGACAGUACGAGCUUCAGUGAAAGAUCAGCCAAAGCUAAGCUCACGAAGAAGGAACGUCGUGAUGACAGUGUGGAGAAGUCCAUUGGUGAAAAGGCAGAAGACAGUACGAGCUUCAGUGAAAUGUCUACGAAAGCCAAACUUACGAGCAAGGGAGAACCUCGUGAUGACAGUGUGGAGAAGUCCAUUGGUGAAAAGGCAGAAGACAGUACGAGCUUCAGUGAAAGAUCAGCCAAAGCUAAGCUCACGAAGAAGGAACGUCGUGAUGACAGUGUGGAGAAGACCAUUGGUGAAAAGGCAGAAGACAGUACGAGCUUCAGUGAAAGAUCAGCCAAAGCUAAGCUCACGAAGAAGGAACGUCGUGAUGACAGUGUGGAGAAGACCAUUGGUGAAAAGGCAGAAGACAGUACGAGCUUCAGUGAAAUGUCUACGAAAGCCAAACUUACGAGCAAGGGAGAACCUCGUGAUGACGGUGUGGCGAAGACCAUUGUGAAGGCAGAAGACAAGUACGAGCUUGCGAGAAUCAGCCAAAGCGAAGCUCACGAAGAAGGAAGAACCUCAUGUGAAAUGUCUACGAAAGCCAAACUUACGAGCAGGGGAAAACCUCGCGAUGACAGUGUGGAGAAGUCCAUUGGUGAAAAGGCAGAAGACAGUACGAGCUUCAGUGAAAGAUCAGCCAAAGCUAAGCUCACGAAGAAGGAACGUCGUGAUGACAGUGUGGAGAAGACCAUUGGUGAAAAGGCAGAAGACAGUACGAGCUUCAGUGAAAUGUCUACGAAAGCCAAACUUACGAGCAAGGGAGAACCUCGUGAUGACAGUGUGGAGAAGACCAUUGGUGAAAAGGCAGAAGACAGUACGAGCUUCAGUGAAAGAUCAGCCAAAGCUAAGCUCACGAAGAAGGAACGUCGUGAUGACAGUGUGGAGAAGUCCAUUGGUGAAAAGGCAGAAGACAGUACGAGCUUCAGUGAAAGAUCAGCCAAAGCUAAGCUCACGAAGAAGGGAGAACGUCCGUGUGAAAGUGCUGGAGAAGACCGUUGGGUGAAAAAGCAGAAAACAAACGACAGUGCUGCAAAAACCCUUGAUGAAACGGCGUCUGAUUCCACCUCAUUCAGCGUAAAAUCCGUCAAGAUUGAGCCCAUCAGUUUAGGUGAUAAUGGAGAAUACUGUACUGAAGAAAUCCUUCACGACAAGUCUUCUGGUAACAAAGCGGGCCCUACUGAGAGGGAAACAGAUGUAAACAUUUCCGAACAGUCUUUGGUUACUGUACCAGACAUCCGCAACGACCGUCGAGAUAGCAGUACUCAGCCUGGUAGCACUGGAGAACUCUCUGCAAAGGAUGGUCAUCUGAAGGCCAUAGAAGUAAGCAAAAACAUAUCGUUGUCGAAGUCCAGAGAAAGCACUUAUGCUGAGAAGAUUUUAGACAAAACUGUAAACGAACAGGUCUCUUCGGAUGAAAAGUCAUCAAAAAAUUCAGUGGUCAAAAGUGAAGAGCUUCCAGGCGUUCUACACGCGACGCCGCGCCAUAGUGUUCCCGAUCAGAAAUCGGCAAGAGAAGAGCAGUCUUCGACGGCUAGAGUACACAAACAAGAUGUUGCUCGAGAAGUUAGUGAGGAAAUUUUCGAUGAGAGAAAUUCAACUCGAAGCACGUCGAAUAAUGAGUAUUCAAGUGUUUCUCUGAAAAAGCCUUGUGAAGAGAAGUGUGCAUCGGACGUAACCACAUCAAGACCAACUGACAAUCAGACGUAUUCGGAGCUG